AUGACAUCAUCAAGAUGGCACACAUUGCAACAGGGCAUGGUGGUCCUGACAGAACAGAGUGCAAUCUUAGGGCAAUGUAGGCUAACAUCACAAAAGAAGCUCUUGAAUGAUUCAAAUCCUUGCAUCACAUGCCAAGAAAAAAGGAAGCGAAAUAAGACUGCUGGGGGUGUUGUGAAGCCCCUCUUGAGCAGUGAAUUCAACUCCCUUGGCCAAGUUGACCUUGUAGAUAUGCAGCCAUUGCCUCAGGCUCAUUUCAGUUGGAUCAUGGUCUACCAGUGCCACCUCACCAAGUUUGUCAUACUUCGAGCACUAACAUCAAAGAGAGCUGCUGAAGUAUCUUUUCAACUGCUUGACAUAUUUCAUCUGUUUGGAGCUCCUGCCAUACUGCAAAGUGACAAUGGUUCUGGAUUCACAGCUAAAACCAAGACAUCCGCAAAUCCAGGGUUCAGUAGAACGAGCCCAUGUGACAUCAAGGACAUGUUCCAUGCAUUGAGGGCAGACAACAAGACACAGGAUUGGUCUGUUGGCCUUCGUUUUGUUCAACACCAAAAGAAAUCUGCUCAUCAUUUCGGCAACAAGCGCACUCCAUUCAAAGCAUUAUUUGGCACUGAUCCCAAAAGUGGGUCUGGCAUCAUCGAGUCUUCCUCUAGAGAUCCUUGA